UUAAUUGUACUAAUGCGCCAUACACUCAGGAAUGCCCAUAUGAACCAGGAAUGAGUUUUUCGAACAUUUAGUGCCAUGGCUUCUGACGGAAUACGGAUGGAUUGUCCUGCAUUGCCUAAAGGCUGGGUGAGAGAAAUUGUGACCAGGAAGUCUGGGGCCUCAGCUGGCAAAUCAGAUGUCUAUUAUUAUAGUCCCGAAGGAAAGAAGUUUCGAUCAAGACCACAGAUUGCUCAGUAUUUUGGAGACACUCUUGACCUAACAAAGUUUGACUUCAGAACCGGGAGAAUUGAUCCAAAUAUGAAGCCAAAGAAGCGACUCAGAGGCAUCGAAGUAAACUAUGCAAAGGACUUUGGCAGGCCUACAUUGAUAUCUCCGAGGAGACUUACAAAACGCAGCAUAGAGAAGAGAAAGAUCAAGCUUAUAAGCGAUACUCAAGAUGAAGCAGAACCUAAGGAAUUGAUACCAGAAGUUGGUGAAGACAAAGGAACUGUUCGUUUAACAAGAGCACAAGAGCGGGCUGAAGCAGAAAUAGAAUUGAAGAAAAGGCGUGUUAGAGAAGCAUCUUCUAGUCGUGAGCUGAGCAAGCCAAAGCAGUUGUUUUGGCAGAGACGUCUACAGGGACUGCGUUCUGUUGAUCCGGAUACAAACAAGCCUUCAAAGCCUAUCAAAUUGCAAGCUGAUCUGAAAAGUUUAACGCCAGGGGGAGAUCACGAGACACUUGUGCACAGCAUAGUAUCAUACCUUCAUAAUAACGUCAAAGUUGUAGGACAAAACAUGUCGUUAAAUGCCUUGAAGAAAAAUCCAGGUAUUUGGUGCAAUCCGGAACAACCUUUCUGUCCGCCUUUUUUCGUAUCGCCAGAAAUGAUCCGUGAGCAAGAAAAAAGAGUCGAGUUAGCAAGAAAGAACCUUGCAGAGUCUAUAGAAACUCUAAAAUGCAUGGAAGAAGAUGAUUACGAAUCUGAGUAAGGUUCUAGUGCUAAAACAUUUGUAAGAACAAUGUACCUAUUUACUAUAUGAAGUAAUGAACUUUUUGGUCAUUUCUCCCGAAUUCGCCAAUUCACACCUUCAGAAUGUUUGCCCGGAAUCCGGUCUUUGCUCGGUUUCUUUUUUAAGCUCUCUUAUUAUUGUAGCGCUAUCAAAUACCAAGGAAAUAUUUGGAAAUAUGGAAAUAUUUGCCAUUUCUCUUAUACUUGGGCAUAUCAAUAUGAGCCAAUGCCUAAAGCUUGUAGGGACAUAAUUUUAUGUUGUUUUCCGUCGUUUUGAUAUCAUGGCUAAAUUAACCCUUCUAUUAAAUACUGAAUUGGAACAAACUGCUCUUGUCUUGUCUUAUAUUUUUACUUUUAUCCCUAAAGUGUUUGUCAAGCCUUGUUUUCGUCGACUUUCUCCCUGAGUUUCUUUCAAAAAACGUGCUUCUGACCCAUCUGUACAUUUUGUUCAUAGAACAAAACUUGCUAUUGAAUGUAAACGUUUAGCUGUAUUUAUCUAGUGUUUUUAUCUUGUAUUUGCGUUGUGUUUCAUAG